AUGGCGUUACCGUCGGGCGGAGGAUAUUCGUCCAAAUCGCGCAGCCCAUGGUCCCUGAAAUACGACAGCAGCAGCGGCGGCAGCGGCGGCGGCAGCAGCAGCAGCAGCAGCAGUAGCAGUUCGCAUCGCCACCAUGAUGGGCCGAUGAGCAAGCAGCGCGCUGCGGCGCUCGAGAUUGUCGCAGCCUUCAACCGCAACAACAUCGACACCCAGACCAUCGCGUCCUUCCGCGCGCCCAACUUCAGGCGUGAGGUGCUGCCCUCGAGCCUGAACCAGGAGCCCCAGGAUGCCGAUGGCUUCCAACGCACGCUGAACAUGUAUCGCGCCGUCUUCCGACACUACGCGCUCGACCUGCUUGAGGUGGUGGACGACGUACCCGGCAGGAAGGUGUGCCUCUGGCUGACAUCCCGGGCGGAUACAGUCGGCGGCAAGUAUGCGUGCGACAUGAUUUGGACGCUGACCUUUGACGAGACGGGCAAGAAGGUGGUGUUGUGGAGGGAGUUCUUGGAUGCGUCGGCAAGGACGAUGGAUCAUCUCCCAGAGAACAUAGGUGUGUGA